CACUACCCCGUGAGCCCCGACUUCGGCAUGGCGCCCCCGGUCAUGGACCAGUUCGGCGUGGGCCUGGACCCGCUGACCCCCCCCCUCCUGGACCAGCACCUGGCCCCCCGGGAGCCCCUGCAGAGCGUGGCCUUCGAGCCCCGCGCGGCCGUGAAGCACUUCAUGGCGGCGGAGCUGGAGGAGGGCGCGGGGCUGGCGCGGAGCGAGACGGGCUCCACCAUCUCCCUGAGCUCCCUCGAGAGAAGAAAAUCCCGGUAUUCGGACCUUGACUUUGAGAAGGUCAUGCACACGAGGAAGAGGCACAUGGAGCUGUUCCAGGAGCUCAAUCAGAAAUUCCAGACUCUGGACAGAUUCCGGGAUAUACCAAAUACAAGCAGUAUGGAGACCCCAGUGCCCAGCAAGAGCCCGUGGGACACGUUCCAGGCCCCCAGCGAGUACCAGCACUACACCACCCUCAACGUCCUGGACACGGAGACCAAGGACACCCUGGAGCUGAGGCCUGCCGAGUGGGAGAAGUGUCUGAGCCUGCCUCUGGACGUGCAGGAGGGGGACUUCCAGACCGAGGUGUGACCGGGCAGCCGGGCCGAGCUGGACACGACGGUGCCUCGCCAUGGUGACCACCGAGGCCUCGCGCGGGGCCGUCAGGACGUCCGCGUCGGACGUCAGCGCUGGCCCUGGGCGCGCACCUCGCCGUCGGGAGACGCCCUGGUGUACAGUCCGACCCCUUGUUGUGCGUGCGUGGAAUGGAUUCGUAAGGUGAUGGAUCUCUAUAGAUAAACCUCACGCAACAACUCGUGUUGUAACCGCUUCAUGUGGUUUAGUUUUCCAGAAAACUUCUCCAUGAAGCACAAUGUAUAUAUUUAUGCAGUUUUUAAAGUUUAUAACAGUCUGUUUGGCCAUUACUACACUUUUUACUUUAUAAUAUAAAAAAGCAAAGUUUUGUCAUUAAAUGAAUGUUUGUUGAGCUACAUUCUUCAUUGCUUUAAAUGCAAUAAAGUAAUAAUCUCACUUUUAUAUGAAUAAUAUAUUUCACAUCUUUAUUAUCGCAGUUUUCUCUAGAGAGCUCUGAGUAAUUCUCUCUACUGCAGCUGUGUAUAAAAUAUUUAAAAUGUUGUAUGGUGUAAAUAAACUUUUGUCUACA